AUGGACGAGAGGGGAACGCCUAUCAAUAGGGCCCCGUCUGUGGGCGGCAAAGACCUCAAUCUGUAUAAACUCUACCGAAUUGUGGUCAAAAUGGGUGGUUAUAAUCGGGUGACUAAUAAGAACUCGUGGCGCGCCGUCUACGGCAAGUUAGGCCUCCCGGGAGGGCAUACGGCGCCCGGAAAGGAGUCCAGUGCUGUGUAUCAGCUGAAGGCCGCGUAUAAGAAGUUUUUGCACAGUUUUGAUGACUUCUAUCGAAAGCUCGGCUGCACUAUAACUGUCAACAGUAGGACAUCCCGGCCCUCGAGGGGCGAGCGCUUGCGUGAGGAGAAGCCGCCGGUGCUUAAGAAGAGUGUGAAGAAAGAGAGGGACAGUAAGAAAGAGGACACCAAAGAGGAGAAGGAGACUAAAGAGAAGGACAGUACGGAGAAGAGUAGUGCUGUCGAUGUAGUGCCCACACCUCCGCCUACCAGUGCUAAAGGGAAAGACAGACGUGAAGAUAGACGUGAGGAGCGGGAAAAGGAACGGGAAGUGAAAGAGGAGCCCAAAGAGGACACGAAGUCCGCCGCCAAAGAGGUUCCCGUGAAAGAGGAGGCGAGUAGUAGUCGUGUGAAGACCGAAGAGUUGGCGCCCUUUGAAGAACGCAAACGAGGCAGAGGUCGCAAGAAGAAGGACGAACCCAACGAUGAGGUCCCGCCUACCGGUGCUGUCGACGAGGACACGAUGACCGGACAGUCGACUAUUGACGAGUCCGAUGAGGAGGACGACAAAAAGUACAGCAAAAACAAAACAGUGGACGAGUCGAUGAUCAAAGUGGGCGAUGGCCUGAAAGUGAAGUACGGAAGGGGACGACAGCUGAAGGUAUACGAGGCGAAGGUCCUGAAGAUAGAGUUGGAUAAAGAGAGCAACAAAAACAAGUAUUUCGUGCACUACUCGGGUUGGAACUCCCGGUACGACGAGUGGAUCAAGAAGUCGCGCAUCGUUCAGGUGAUCAGAGACCGGUCCCCCCGACGCCGGUCCGGGAAACUCAAGAAUAAGGGCGAGACGUUGACCGAAGUGGCCCAAGUGCCGCCUAACGCGGGCACUGGCGGUGGUUCGGGAGGUCCUCCGGGCGGCGGUGCAGCGCCCGCCGAAAAGUCGGCGCCAGUAGUCGGCCCGCCGGUGCUGUCGUCCCAGAACUCGGUCUCGUCGGUGCACUCGAACGACUCGGCGCUCGACGGCUCCACCACAUCGUCCGUAUCGCCCGCCAAACAGUCGUCGGGAACACCGGCCCCCAAAAGAGGUCGUCCGCCAAAUAGUGUCAAAUCGAGUGUCAAAACAGAGGUUAUUGUGAAGGAAGAGCCGAAAUCUCAGCCCUCAUCGCGUGAUGAGAAACAAUCUCAACCAAAGUCUCCUCCAACAGCGCCUACACCUCAAACGCUGACCCCUUCCACACCAGUGGGACGACGCGGUCGACCACCCCUUUCGGUGAAGAAGGAGAAGUUAACCCGAAGUAAGUCCGUCAAUGAGGAGCAGUCAACGCAGGACUCGAUAGCCACCAGUGCUGAGGAGUCGACCACCAAAUCCAGUGAAGACAAGAAGAGUACAAAUCAGUUGUCGGAUAACGACUCAAACGAUAAGUCUGGCGAAGAGGACAGGGAUGUCGUGAAGACCAAAGGUGUGACGCCACCGGAACUGCACGACGAGAAUACAGUAGAAAAUAAGAUGGCGGACGACGAC